GCCAAGCCCAAACAAUUCAGAGAAACGCAAUGUUCGGUUGAGAACGCGAGACGGUGUUGAGCGGCACGCGCGAGAGAGAGGGAGAUAGGAAGAAGAGGGAGGGAAGCGAGCGUGAUCUCUCAAUUAGGGUUUUGAAUUUCAAAUUCUUCUCCGAAGGUCAGUGAUUGAGCGUGUAAUUCCUCAAUUUCUUUCAAUUCUUCUCUGUGCUGAUUUUCAUUUGGUAAUUGUGAUCAUCAUGAUGAUGUUGUUGUUGUUGUUGUUGAGGAUUCUUGUGUGUGAGAACGAAGUGUGCUUGUUAUGUGCAGGGAGGAGCGAGUGUGAGAAUUUUAGAAGAGGGAGAAGAGGGGUGAGGAGAACGCUGAGAGAUUCCAUUUCCCCAACAGAACGACGACCUGUAUUAUAGUUUUUUUUUUUUUCUUGUUAAUUUUCCCCUUCAAAGUGGUGGAUAGGGAUUUCUUUCCUUUCGAUUCCAUUUCGCGGCGUUGAAGAUUCUAAUGGAGCAGCAGCGGAAGCUCGUGGUUUUGGGUAUUCCAUGGGACGUGAAUACUGAGGGUUUGAAGGAAUAUAUGAGCAAAUUUGGUGAAUUGGAAGAUUGCAUUGUUAUGAAGGAGCGGUCAACCGGAAGGUCUCGUGGUUUUGGAUAUGUUACAUUUGCUUCAUUGGAUGAUGUUAAGGAAGUAUUAUCAAGUGAACAUAUGCUGGGUAAUAGGAUGCUGGAAGUCAAAGUGGCCACACCAAAGGAGGAGAUGAGGGCACCGGCCAAAAAAGUUAACAGAAUAUUUGUGGCCCGGAUUCCACUAUCAGUAACAGAACCAACUUUUAGAAGUUAUUUUGAGAAGUAUGGUGAGAUAACAGAUUUGUACAUGCCAAAGGAUCAAGGGUCAAAGAUGCAUCGUGGAAUUGGUUUUGUCACUUUCGCAAAUGCAGAAUCUGUGGAGAGUUUGAUGUCAGAAACCCAUGAACUGGGAGGUUCUACUGUGGUGGUUGAUCGAGCCACCCCUAAGGAUGAUGACUUCAAGCCAGUUGGCAGAAUGUCACAGGGAGGAUAUGGCGCAUAUAAUUCUUAUAUUUCUACCGCAACUAGAUAUGCAGCGCUGGGUGCUCCUACUUUGUAUGACCAUCCAGGCCCUAUUUAUGGAAGAGGUGAGCCUGCUCGCAGAAUUAGUAAAAAGAUUUUUGUCGGCCGUCUUCCCCCAGAAGCAACUGUGGAAGAUCUUCGUCAAUAUUUUGCAAGAUUUGGCCAUAUAUUAGAUGUUUAUAUUCCCAAAGAUCCUAAGAGAGCAGGUCAUAGAGGUUUUGGAUUUGUUACUUUUGCUGAAGAAGGUGUUGCAGACCGUGUCUCUCGAAGGCCUCAUGAGAUUUGUGGUCAAGAGGUGGCAAUAGAUUCAGCCACUCCUGUUGAUGAGGCUGGGCCCAGUGGGAACUUUAUGAUGAAUAGCGUGGAUUCUUUUGGUGGGGGAUACGGCGGUCCUUUGCGAUCUUAUGGGAGGAUGUAUGGUAGCUUAGACUUUGAUGAUUGGGGUUAUGGAGCUCCCAGUGGGAGACCAUCAAGAGCGGAUUGGAGGUAUAGGCCAUACUAGUAGGACGCAGCCCUUUUAUUGGCAUUGGCUUUGAAUGCUAGGAUGAAUGCCCGCGAUAGUGCAGGUCUUCUAGUAUGAAAUGAUUUAAAAGUUGUAAGCACUAGGGAUUGGAUUUUAUUUUCUGUGAUAAACUAGCAAUUCUCUCUUGCUUGAACAUUUUAGUAUCUUGUAUACAGUUAAUGUGUACAUGAUGGAAGUUUGAAUUGACGUCUGUUAUAUCUGUUAUACAAUCAUGACAUUGGUUAUGAUUAUGCUAGAAUGACCAGGUUAAAUUUAGAGCUUGACUUGACUUGGUCAUUGUGUAUUUUCAUACUCCAAGUGUUGAUGUAUUAUCCAGAAUAAUUAGUAAUAAUGUACUGGCACCUAUUUGAAUAAUUUUGAUUUCCUGAAAGGAAAUGAAGGCAGAAGAGAUGUGCGUUUUUAAGGUC